UUUUGCAAUUAACGGUUUCAUUUUGGGUAGCGUUUCUAUAUUUCCAGAGCAAGGUUUCUAAACAUCACAGAAAGUUCCCGGACGCGUGUGCACUGCUGGUGUGAAUAAUGAUCAACGACACUCUUCCCUUUGGAGAACUGGACAUCAAUUUUUCUGCCAAAUCAAUCAGCCAAAACCACAGUGGGUUCCCUGCGCUCAGACUGGAGUCAAAGUCUCUGGUCACUUCAGCCACGAUGUUUGCCGUGGGAGUCCUGGGGAACCUCAUCGCCAUAGUUGUGCUGUGUAUCUCCAAAAGGGAGCAGAAGGAAACCACUUUCUACACCCUGGUCUGCGGGAUGGCCAUCACAGAUCUGUUGGGGACAUGCUUCACCAGCCCGGUGGUGAUCGCCACAUAUGUGGCCAGCCGCUGGCCGGGAGGAGUGUUGCUCUGCCACUUCUUCUCCUUCUCCAUGUUGUUCUUCGGCUCGGCCGGGAUGUCCAUCCUGUGCGCCAUGGCUGUGGAACGAUACCUGGCCAUAAACCAUGCGUACUUCUACUCCCAGCACAUAGACCGCACAAUGGCUCGCUUUGCGCUCUUGGUCGCCUACCUGGUCAACAUUGUGCUCUGCAUUAUGCCGAGUUUUGGCUUCGGGAAACAUGUCAGUCAUUUUCCCGGGACUUGGUGCUUCCUGGACUGGAGAGCGAAAGAUCCGCUCGGGGCCUGCUACUCCUUCCUGUACGGCAGUGUGAUGCUGGUGCUGAUCGCGGUGACGGUUCUGUGUAAUUUGGCGGUGUGCAGGUCGCUGGUGGGGAUGAACCAGAAGACAGGAAUAGUCAGGACGGAGUUGUGCGAGCCGGGAGGAUCACGUCGCCGUUUCCCCCGGCUGCAGUCUGUCACCUCAGCGGCGGAGAUCCAAAUGUUCUGGCUUCUGAUCUUCAUGACCAUUGUUUUCCUGGUCUGCUCCAUCCCUUUGGUGGUGCGGAUCUUCGUGAACCAGUUAUACGAUCCUGCUUAUGUUUCUGCUGGAGGGAAGCCUGACUACCGGAGGGACCUGUUGGCGAUCCGUUUCGCUUCAUUUAACCCCAUACUAGACCCCUGGGUGUACAUUUUGUGCCGGAAGAACCUGCUGCUAAAGGGCUGCGAGAAGCUUAAGAGGACUGUGGCCCGAAUUAAAGGAGGUCGUGGUGACAACACUGGCUGGGUAGGAGGCCAACACUCCCCACCGUCUUUAAACAGCAAUGACACCAGUUGCGCGUCUUUGCGCACAGCCAGCUACAGGAACGAUGUGGAACACCAGGUGUCCAUCAAGAAUAAAUCCUUUACGGACUUCGCAAUGAGGCGAGCGUGGGAGUACGACACCGCCCGGGUAGACUUUCACCCGUUCAGCGUCGAAUCGACUGCGAUCAUCGGCUGUGAAGAGGAAGUAGGAGCUGAAUCCAAACAGACAGUAGCGGCCAAGUCGUCCCCAGGACGCAGCGCCACGCCGCUGCGCUCUGAGCACGUUCGACGAGUGGACAUCGUCACCUGCACGUUCAGUACACCCAGUUCAUGCCAGUCAACUAAAUGCCUCUGAUGGACAUUUGUUGUCCACCACAGUUUCGAAAUGUUUCAGCUGCUGCUUCAGCUACACAACAAACCGGUACUUUGAGAGAAAAACGGGCGCUGCCAGUGACACACACGACGCUAGCAGUUAGCACUUCUAUGUUUUUGAACCGCCAAAGAGCCAUACCAGCUCAAAUGAAUGAAACACUUGAAACACUUAGCGACUAACUGUAACUGAACUCAUUUCAACAUUAGCACUCUCUCACACCGCUCCCUUAUGUGAUUUAACCUACGGCAAGAGACAUCUCAGUUUGAUUUUAAUUUUAAUGUUCCACUUGAGGAGCCAACACAAGAACAACAGUUGACUGUGCAGAAUGCAGUUUUACAUGUCCAACAAAUUCUUCUUCAUAUCAGUCAGAAUACUGUACAUCUGCAUUAAGGUGACACCAGGAAAAACAAAAAGCCUCAGCCUACUGCAGCUUUAAGUUGCAUGUGGAAUUGUUUGUGCAGUGAACUUGGGGAACACUGAGGGACAUACUGGGGUCACCGCAGUCACUAUGGGUGCUGCAUACAAAAACAUCUUUGUCCCAGAGUCCAAUUGCAAAUUACAGACAGAUCUGGUUUGCUCUAUAUUAACACCUUUGCUGAAAGUACACGGGCAGGACAUUAAAUGAAGUUUGUAGUGAUGAUUUCCAAAUGUGGAAAUUUAUAUAAAAUAUAAUCAUACCCCAUGGGUACAAAAAACAACACAAAACUAAACAAAAAAACAGAAACGUGAGUGAGUUUGAUACUCUGUGAAUCCAUAUGUGCCCGUUAUACGUUAUAAAUUGUGUUGUUGUGGUUACAAUUUAUUUCAUACUUUUCUAAAAAAUCCACAUGCUGCUAAUUUACUCUGUGCCAUUGAACAGUGUUGCACGAUGGAGGGAAAACUGAAUGUAGACCUUUUGAAGUCUUUUUUUUUAUAUAUAUAUAUUGCACAUUCGCAUAUAAUGUUUUGACAUCUGCAGUUGUAGACAGUCAGUGUAAACAUAUCACCAUUUGAAACAAGAAAAAAAAAUCUCUCUUACUGUAGGCUGUAUGAUUUGUGGUGUUUGCUGGAUGUGUUGAUGGAGAGAAAUAAAAGGACACCAAA